AUUUCACUUCACUUGUCUCUCACGUUCUUGAAUUCUUUCAUUGCAGCUUCAAUGCCCAGUGAUUCCUUUAAAAACUCCCGCGCCGGCGUUCGCGUCGUUGUCGUCGGCGACCGCGCCACCGGCAAAUCAAGCUUGAUCGCCGCCGCGGCUUCCGAGACCUUUCCGGCAAACGUUGCUCACGUUUUGCCUCCCACUCGCCUUCCAGCCGAUUUUUAUCCCGACCGCGUACCCGUUACAAUCAUCGAUACUUCAUCCAGUUUGGAGAGUAGAGGUAAGCUUGCUGAAGAAUUGAAGCGAGCCGAUGUGGUAGUGCUGACAUAUGCUUGUGAUCUGCCUGCAACACUUAGUCGUCUGAGUUCCUUUUGGCUCUACGAACUUGAUCGAUUAGAGGUGAAGGUGCCUGUGAUUGUAGUUGGUUGCAAACUAGAUUUGCAAGACGAGCAAUACCAAAUGAAUCUACAGCACGUGAUGACACCAAUCAUGCAACAAUUUAGGGAAAUAGAGAUUUGUAUGGAAUGUUCUGCGGCUAACCUGGUUCAGGUACCUGAAGUAUUCUAUUAUGCUCAAAAAGCAGUACUCCAUCCAACAGCACCAUUGUUUGACAAAGAUUCCCAGUCCUUGACACCACGGUGCAUGAGAGCAUUGAAACGGAUAUUCAUUCUUUGCGAUCAGGAUAUGGAUGGUGCCCUCAAUGAUGCAGAGCUGAAUGAUUUUCAGGUUAAAUGUUUCAAUGCUCCAUUACAGCCUGCUGAAAUAGUGGGUGUUAAAAGAGUUGUACAAGAGAAACUACCUCAAGGUGUCAGUGACCUUGGGCUUACACUGACCGGAUUUAUUUUUCUCCACUCUCUUUUUAUAGAAAAAGGGCGGGUUGAGACGACAUGGACUGUCUUAAGGAAAUUUGGUUAUGAUGAUGAUAUUAAACUCAGGGAUAAUUAUCUUACAGUUCCAUUUAAGAGAGCUCCUGAUCAGAGUAUAGAGUUGACAAGUGAAGUUGUUGAGUUUUUGAAGGGAAUCUUCAGUUUGUUCGAUGUUAAUAAGGAUGGAGUCCUAAAUCACUUUGAACUUGAUGAUCUAUUUUCAACUGCACCAGAAAGUCCUUGGGGUGAAGCUCCUUACAACGAUACUGCAGCUGCAUUAGGGGGUUUGUCUCUUAAUGGUUUUCUAUCUAAGUGGGCCCUCAUGACAGUACUGGACCCAGCUCAAAGUCUGGCUAAUUUAGUAUACAUUGGAUAUACUUAUGACCCUUCAUCAGCACUCCGUGUUACUAGGAGAAGAUCUUUAGACCGCAAGAAGAAACAAACAGAUAGAAAUGUCUUCCAGUGCUUUGUUUUUGGACCUAAAAAUGCUGGAAAGUCUGCAAUACUGAAGUCAUUUCUGGGAAGGCUGUUUUCAGACGAUAAUAUUUUGACUACUGAUGAGGGUUAUGCUACAAAUCUUGUUGAUAGUCUUGGGGGAACUAAGAAGACUCUUGUACUGCGGGAGAUUCCAGAAGAUGGAGUUAAAAAACUUUUGAUUAAUAAGGAGUUUUUGGCAGCUUCUGAUGUUGCAGUUUUUGUUUAUGACAGUUCGGAUGAAUAUUCUUUUAAAAGAGCAGCAGAAUUACUUGUAGAAGUAGCUAGACGAGGAGAAGAAAGUGGCUUCGGGGUGCCUUCCCUCUUUAUUGCGGCAAAGGAUGAUCUUGAUCCAUAUCCAAUGGCAAUCAAAGACUCAGCAAAGAUUUGUCAGGAUAUGGGAAUAGAUGCACCUAUUCAUGUCAGUGUAAAGGAAAGAGAUCUGAAUAAUUUAUUCUCUAGAAUUGUAACAGCAGCGGAGCACCCUCAUUUAAGUGUCCCUGAAACUGAGAUUGGGAGAAAAGAGAAGAAAUACCGCAAGCUUGUUAAUCGUUCUCUCACGGUUGUUUCCGUUGGGGCUGCUGUUACUGUAGUUGGACUGGCAGCCUAUCGUGCCUAUUCUGCGAGGAAGAAUUCAUCCUCUUAGGCGUAUAUAUUCACCAAGGAAUGUGGUGCUCCUAUGCUGAAAUUGAAAGCAAAUGGUUUGUUAUAUCACGUCCUUUUGUGUUCCGCAUUAUGCAUUGUUGACCAUUUUAGAGUUGGCCGUUGUAUAUAGAAUGUUUUUACAUUCUGAUAAUCAUUUUUUCCUAUUGAAAAGCAUGAAUUAUUGUUUUCUUUUUAGAACUCUCCUAUGCUGAAAUUGAAAGUAAAUGGUUUGCUUUA